UGUGUGCCAUCAUAAAUGCACUGGUCUAUCACAGCAAAAUGACAAACUCAAAGUGACCAUCCUUGCUUCGAGAAAAUUACGAUUUUCGAAAUAUAGCACUAGUCAUAUCGUGAAAAUAUAGUAAGCAUAUUCUAAAACGCAUGAUAACAAAAGGAAUGUCCUGCAUCUUUUUUUAAGAGGUUGGAAGAGAGGCGAAAUCCAACCCGAGACCCAACAAUGACGUCUAAUCCUAAUUACCAAGAAGAGGGCCCAGUUUUACCCAACAUAGCAAACAGCCCAUCAGAGGAUGCUGCUCUGUGUCCCCCUCCUGCUGCUCAUAGUCCAGCAAGUGCUCAAAACCAGUACCAACGGAUAGGAGGAGAGUCCGGGACUUCGUUCUUCCAAACUCUGAUCCACUUACUGAAAGGAAACAUUGGAACAGGGUUGCUUGGUUUGCCGUUGGCUGUGAAGAACGCAGGGCUUGUGUUGGGGCCGUUGAGCCUGUUUGUUAUGGGCAUUAUUGCAGUCCACUGUAUGAACCUGCUAGUCAGAUGUUCCCAUCAUCUCAGUGCCAAGAUGAACAAACCGUUCUUGAACUAUGGAGACGCUGUGGAGUAUGGGAUGGAAAAUGUCUCCUGGUUAAGAAGACACUCUUUAUGGGGCAGGCGGCUAGUGAACCUGUUCCUUAUCAUCACUCAGCUUGGAUUCUGCUGUGUUUACUUUGUCUUCCUCAGUGACAAUGUGAAGCAGGUUGUAGAGGCUGCUAAUGGGACAACCAUGAACUGCAAUACCAACCAGACAGCAGUGAUUGUUCCUAGCUUUGAUUCUCGUCUCUACAUGCUCUGCUUCCUGCCUGCUUUCAUCUUGCUGGUUUUCGUCCGUAAUCUCACGUACUUGGCCCCAUUUUCCUUCAUAGCCAACGUGACCAUGUGUGCCAGCUUGGUGUUCAUCUACUUCUACUCCUUCACGAAUAUCAAAUACCCAAUCAAUCUGCCCUUGGUGGGGAAAGCCAAUGACUAUCCGCUUUUCUUUGGAACGGCCAUAUUCGCUUUUGAAGGGAUUGGAGUGGUGCUUCCUUUAGAGAACAAGAUGCAGAAUCCCCAGAGUUUCAACAAGGUUCUCUACAUAGGAAUGGCAAUGGUCACCACCUUCUACAUCUCUUUAGGCACUGUUGGCUACAUCUGUUUUGGAGCGGAGAUAGGGGGCAGCAUCACUCUUAACCUACCCAACUGUUGGAUGUACCAGAUUGUGAAGCUACUCUAUUGUUUUGGCAUCUUCAUCACCUUCGCGCUGCAGUUCUAUGUUCCUGCAGAAAUCCUUAUUCCUCUGGCAGUGGCUCGCGUCACAGAGAGAUGGAAUCUGCCCGUCGACUUAUUCAUACGCACCGCUCUCGUUAUAUUUACCUGUCUUUUGGCCAUUCUGAUCCCUGAGCUGGACCUCGUCAUCUCAUUGGUGGGCUCAGUGAGCAGCAGUUUCCUGGCUCUCAUCUUCCCUCCCAUCCUUCAGGUCCUAACAUUCCACAACGAAGGCCUGUCACCAUGGUCGAAACUGAAGAACCUCGUCAUCAGCAUGUUAGGUCUGGUAGGCUUUGUCGCUGGGACCUACGUAGCUGUCGAACAGAUCAUUCAACGUCGUGGGAAACACAACUAUCUUUCAGAUCCAAUGAUCCAUUGAUACCUUUACUAAGAUGUAUUGGAUUCUCUAGGGAUUACUCUUUAGCUAUUCCAAACAGUGAUUGAUUACAUGCUGUUGUAAGCAAUGUUUGUUUGUAGGUGAUCGUCCUAGUGGUACUUUAUAAUUGAUCUACUGUGUGCAGAGCAUUGCAGGAAACUUCCUUUAAGCGUUGCAUUGCACAUUAUCGUUGCCAUAGACACGUGUGCUGGUCAGAGUUUCGAGCGCACCGCACUUUAGGAAGAAGGUACCGAUGGCACAGCAUUUUCAGAUACUUUUUUUGCAACCGUUGCAAAAGGGGAAGAAAAGAUGCCGUGUGAUGGCCUUAUUCUGUGUCACAUGCCUGAUUGCUUUAUUUUUUAUUAUUAUGAGUAGCCAAUAGGAUAUAGAAUAUAUCCUGUACUCUGUAAAUUUGCAUUUAAAUUGCAUUGGUCGUUGCUACAUCUAUAGAAUGUAUACCAAACACUGUACAUCAAGGGACUGUAAUUACACUUGAACAGUAAAUAUUUAUUUUUCUCUUUUUAAGUUCAGAAAUGCAUACAUUUACAGUAGUCAAAACAACCAGAUCCAUUAUGUUGCUGAUGGCUGCUGUAUUUCACAAAAUGGUGGUAGGUUGUUGAGGUUUAACUAUAAAGAAAGUCUGAGGACAGAAAGGGGAACAUGGGUAUAGUUACCAGUCACACUUUCUGUCACAGACACAGAAUUACAUUUUACAACAAAGAUUGUGUGUCUUACAGUAGAUGUCCCUUUUUUCACACAAAAGGGUUUUAGGUUGUUUGUUUCAAUUGUGGACCAUGUGGGGGCAAAUAGCUGUUGGCGCUAGCCACCAUUAUUGUUCACUAACAAUUAGUCUAUAGAUGAAAUGGGUCAGUGAUGACCGUGAUGCAGUGAAUCUUCAAAUCUGAUUCACCUUAAGUUACAAUUUAAAUAUGAAUGAAAAACAAUCUUGUUAUUAAAACGUAUAAACUUGUGCAACAUUGUAUGUUUUCUAUACUGUAACAUUGUAUGUAUUGUAAACAUGUUGUAUGUUUACGUAAUUGCCAAUCCAGCCAAAUAAAAUACUCAUGGACAAACAUCUA